UUCGCCGCGCGCACGCACACCGCACCGGUCGCGAGUCGCCGUCGCACCGUUAUCGCGUUACUUCCCGUUUCGUCGUCUUCCGGAUCGCGGAACCAUGCGACAUCUCGCCGCCGCCGGUCUUCCGCGGUGUCCGAAACGCGUAGUCGCUCUGUCACCGCCGUCACCGCCGUCGUCACCGUCGUCACCGCCGUCACCUGCACGACCGUCCAGUUGCCACUUGUUGACGACCGCCGCGAAACUCGUCGCCGCCGAUGAGUCGCGGUUUUUUUUCUCGGCCGUUUUUCCCCCGCACCAACGUCGUAAUAGUCUUUCUCCGGAGGACAGUUUACGAUAAUAAAAAUGAUAAAUCGUUUAUUGAUAUUUUCGCGGUACGAUAAAACUCGCACGUCACAACGUUUAGGUAUAUAAUAUUAUUGUAAAAUAAUAUUACACCGUUUCGCACUCGCUUUGUCGACUUGUCGCGGUCGGCCGGGUCGGCUAUCGACGGACGAGAGCGUGUCGUUUAAAUAUUAUAUUACACUAACUACGUUGAAUAUAUAAUAUAUAAGCACAUACACGUAUACACGCAUAUAUAUAUAUAUAUAUUUAUAUAAUAUAUAUAUGGAGUUUCCGAGCAGGGACGCCAACCAGAGCGGCAGCGGGCUGUGGGAGUAUGGUGCGCUGGACAAUUGGCCAUGGCAAAAGUACCGGAUGAGGUACUCGCCCGAGGUGACGGUGCUGUUUUGCAUCGCGUACACGGCCGUGUUUGUCGUGGGCUUUGUGGGUAACAUGUCUGUGGUGCUGGUGGUGUACAAGAACGUGAGGAUGCAGUCGUCGCCCACCAACAUAUUCAUCGUCAACCUAGCCGUUGCCGAUCUGCUGGUCAUCGUCGUCUGCGUGCCGUUCACCCUCAUCGGCAGCAUCACCACCGAGUGGCGUUUGGGACUGGUCAUAUGCAAACUUGUGCCGUACUUUCAAGGGGUGUCUGUGAACGCAUCAAUAAACACGUUGAUGGCCAUCUCCGUGGAAAGAUGUUUGUCCAUUUGUUACCCUAUGAAUCCUGUGGGCAAAGGCGUCUGUAAACGGGUCGUGGCCAUCAUAUGGAUCAUUUCGCUCACAAUCACCAUGCCAUGGGCCAUAUACUUCGAUCUACAGCCCAUGGAGGAAGGCAGCGAUAAUCAGAUCUGCCUGGAAUCGUGGCCGACCGUGGAGAGCGGCAACCUGUACUUCGUGUUGGCCAACCUGGUGCUGUGCUACAUGCUGCCGCUGACGGUGAUCGCGGUGUGCUACAUGUUCAUCUGGCAAAAGGUGAGCCGGCGCAAGGUGCCCGGCGAGCCCAUGCACAACGGCGCCAACAUGGUGCAGCGGUCCAAGAUGAAGGUGAUCACCAUGAUCAUGUACGUGGUGGUGCUGUUCGCGGUGUCGUGGCUGCCGCUGUACGUGGCGUUCUCGCUGAUCAAGUUCUGGCCGCUGCCGCCGGCCGUCGAGAGCUACACGGUCGCCUCGCUGCCGGUCGCGCAGUGGCUGGGCGCCGCCAACUCGUCCAUCAACCCGCUGCUCUACGCCAUCUUCAACCACCGGUUCCGGGACGGUUACCGGGCCCUGUUGUCCGGCAAGAUAUGUCAAGCGUUCGACUACAGCAACUCGGUGAGGUAUCUGCGCGGCGGCCGGGCCGGUACCGCGGCCGCGUUCAAGCGCAACAACAACAACAACAACAACUACGACAACGGUGGCCGCGACCGAAACCGCAAGACCAUCGGCGCCAUAUACGUGCACGCCGCGCGCAACGACGACCGGCGGGCUCAGCUGCACAAGCAGCAGCAGCAGCAGCGACCGGUCCAGCAACUGCAGCCGCCGCCGCCGCCGCCGGGUCGUCUACUGGCCAAGUCGUCGUCGGUCAGGGAAACGCAUCACGUCGCCGAAGGGUCGACAGGUGGUUCCGUGGUGCAGUUCUGUCCGACAAACGGCGAAAACUCGUUCGUGUGACCGGACACCCACGCGCAGCCGUCGCGUGCUGAGAUUCGAGACGAGAAGACGACGACCUUUGCAGUGCAGCCUAUAUGCAGAUGUACAUAAUACAUAGGACUCGUAGACUGUACAACAUACCGCCGAUAACUAAACAAUUAUUAUAUAUUGAUUUGUCUAUGAUAUUUUAAUUGCGGACGUUUGGCAACGGGGUCGGAACAAUUGUUUUUUUUUUUUCACAAAAUCAACGUUCACGUAAUCGUUGUCCAAACUUGCGCACAAAAAUGAAAACGCUAUAUAGAUGUUUAAUAAUCAAUCGGUACAUGUAUGCACCGAAAGUAUAAUAAUAAUAAUAAUAAUAAUAAUUAAAUAAUGAAACAGUCAGACGCACACAAUAUUAUAUUGCUAUAAUGUGUAUUUAACGCGCGAAAUAAAAAAAACGAAUGGAUAGAGUGACCGGAGAAAAUGAGAAACAUUGAGGUUUUAGAACUUUUCGAGGCGAGCACCCGAGUUUUUCGCAGCGCCUAAUCCGCCGUUUUUCGAACAAGCCUCGGCAUUUACCAACGCAUAAUUAUUAGAAUUAUCCCAUUUCUAAUAAUACGGUUUGUUUUAUCGGUUUUCAACCUCUAAUUAAUUAAUUAUUUUUUUUUUAUGCAAUAAUUUAGCGUUUUGAUAUAGGUAUACCUAUAGAUAAGUUUUCUACGAAAUUAUAUAAUUUUUAGUAUUUUUUGUUCAUCCAUAAAGUCGUGCAGAAAACAGAUUAACUCAAAUUAUUAUUUCUUUCUGAACUUCACCCGUUUAAAAUUAUUCACCAGCUGACUCGGUUUUAUCAUCAAUACGGCCAAAAGUGUAUACUUAUAUUGAUAUUACAUUAUACGAUAUACGUAUUUCCAGUACUCUGAAUAAAAUAAAAGUAUUGCAUGUAAGCGCCGUUUAAGAAAUAUAUUUCUCGGUAAUAUUAUUCCUACUCUUUAGGUGUAACGGCUACAAUAGAUUGAUUACAAAGGUACCCCCAUUUAUGUACAUUCGUUUUUCGUGAUAUUUUUUAAAGGAGACGAAAGGUACCUAAUAUUAUUGUAAUUUUGAUUUCCUCAUUCGAAUUAGAUCGGAUCUCAUAAGUCUAUGUUAUACAUUUAUCAUAUUCGCGCAGAAUGUUGUUCGCAGUAUAUUAUAUUAGUUUACAAACUUCAUCAGUUAGGAAUUUCUCGGCUCCGGAAACGGCUUCGGCGUAAUAUAUUAUUAUUAUUAUUAUUAUCAUUAUACAUAUUACAACGGCGCGCCAUAGUCCUGAAAUAGAAUUAGAACGGACAUUCCCAACACUAAUUUCGACGCGCGAGAUCUCGACCAAAUCUGAAUAAAUUUCAUAUGAAAGGUUCUCAAUCAUAUCGCGGUAAAACCUACCUAUAUAAUAAUAUAAUAUAAUACGUCUUUUGGGCUGCCGGCUGCAAUGACUUAUCUCGAUUAUCAUUAUUUUAUAAUAUAUUGAUAGGUAGGUACUAUAUGCAGAUAUUAUUAUGCUGCGUGUUCGCCGUUAUUAAUUUCCGUAUUAUACGAUUUAUUUUAUAGUUUUAUACGUGAUGCAAUCGAGCACUGACAAUGUGAUUGUUGAAUUGCUCCAAAUAUAAAAUAAAAAGAUAAAAAUAAUUAAUGUUUAAAAUUCGUCGUAACUCGCAACAACUGUAUGCGGUGUUAACGGCGAUAACGAUGACGACAAGCAAUACAAGAGAAAAACACUUUAUACAUCAUAUUUAUAUACGUUUGUCUUGGAACUUAACCACGACGUUAUAUUUUAAUGUUAUGUCCGGUAAUUUGUAAAAAAAAAAAAAUGCACAGUGACGGUCCAAAUGAAAAUCCGAGCUGUUGUGCAGUAACUUACACCAUAAAUAUUAUAUUGAAUAAAUAAACAUAAUAUAUAUAUAUUUAUAUACGAUAUCAUUAAAAUAUGUAUCCCACUGCCUUCGUAGUAUUUAUUUAUUGUUAAAUAAUAUGUUAUUAUUAUGCAUUAGUGUUAUUUCGUUUUUUAUUAUAUUAUAUCAAAACAUGUAUAAAAACUAUACGUUCCCGCUCAAAAAUGUAUAUUCGUAUAAAUGGUUGAAAACUCAGCCUCGAGAUCUCAUUACGAACACGUAUAACGCACAACAAAAACAACAAUGAUAAUAAUAAUUAAUAUUUUAAGUAAGUUGUAACUUAUAAAAUUAUAAUGAAUUAUUUUGUACAUGCCGAUAGUAUAGUACCUACCAUAAAAAUAGUGGUCCUAUCACGCGCGUUUCGACAUCGCUCCAGUGGGAUACGAUCAUAAUAAUAUUAUUAUUGUUAUAGUUAUUGUUUUUACCUAUAUUAUUAUUAGAUUUUAUUGUUUCAUAUUAUUAUCAUUAAUGUUGACGAUGGAUUUGUUAAUCGUAUCCUAGCGAUAGAAAUCGUAGUUAUUAUCAUCACGACAAACGUGUGAUCCGUAAUAAUAUUAGUGUACGAUUUAAAUUACAAAAUCACGCGAGUGUUAAUAAUAGAAACAGCAAUAUAUUAGACAAUAAUAAUAAUAAAAAAGUGUAUUGUUAAUAUUAUUUUAUACGUAAUAAUUAAAUUAUAUUAUAUUAGUUGAACUUACUGCUUAUAUUAUACGCGAGACGCCGCCUUCAGAAGCACAUAUUUGUAUUGUAUAAAGAUAUAUAUUCAUAUAGGUAAUACGAUAUUAUUGUGUAUAUAAUAAAUUAUAUCAAAUAACAAUAUUAUAACAUAUAAUAUAUAAUAUUAUAUAUUUAUAUAAAUUAUAUAGUUGGUAUUGCACACGUGGACGUGUGACUGUGUGAGUAUUACACAUGUCUAUAAUAUAAUAUAUUUUUAAUGGAUAAAACGAUAUAAAAUUUGUAGUGUCAAUAGACAUACUUGAAAGUACGUUAUUAUUAUUAUUAUUAUUAUUAUUAUUUUUUAAUUAUUAAGGCCAGAAUUUAAAUUUCCUACUUAAAAACGACCUAAUUAUUAAUAGAUUAUCAUAGAAAAUCAAUUUAAUGCAACGUUACUUUUAAAAUUACAAAAUUAUGAUGAAAAAAUCGGAAAUGCAACAGUGUUGUUUUUCUUUUUAUUGAUGAUGAUCAUCAUCGUAGGCUGUAUAAUUCACUCUAAAAGUAUAAAAAUACAAAUCUAAGAUUAUGUUAAAUUCAAUGUUCAAUUAUCUAUUGUAAUACUUACUUACCUAUACUUAGCUACUAAAAUUCCAUUAAAAUUAACAAAAUGGCUUGACAGAAAAACUUGUAAAAUGUAUAAAUAUUCACUCAAAAUUACUCUAAAAUAUUUUAAAAAUACCAAAUGAAAGUUUCAUUUUUAAAAUAUCUGUUUUGAAUAAAAUUAUGUGUUUACAUUUUUCUAGAGUAAUGUAUUUAAAAUCAAGACUAAUAAUAAUAUUAUUUAUAUGAAUAUGAAAUUUUAUUUUAAGAUAUUCGAUCCACGUCAUCGAGAAAACAAAGAAAUUUAUUUAAUAAUAAGCAUUCAUUAUUUCAAAAAAAUUUUAAGAUUUCAAGAAUAUUUUUUUUUUACAUUAUUUAGAGUUUUUAUAAAACAGAAUUUUCAACAGAAUAAAACAAUAUAAUUUAUACUCAGUGCAAGUACCAAAUCUUACUUACAUAAUAAUUUUCUAAUAACGUAUAUUCGCAUCUGUUGCAACCUUACGGUUAUAAACUGUAAUCAUAAUAUUAUAAAUACUCGUACAUUGAAUUAUUAAUUUUAGGAGAAUCUUAUUAGUAAAUUUAUAGAAAAAAAAUGGUAUAAAUAUUAUUGGCUACAUUUUUUUUUAUCCUGUUCAACUUACUAGGAAAUUUACGAUUUUCCGCUCAAAAAUUCGCCUUGACCCUAUUAUAUAUUUUGUGACAUUUUUUUUUUCUAACUUGAUUUUCGUUUUGAAUCGUUUUUUCGGUUUUGUUAGUGAAACGCCGACAUACAUCGUUCAUACCAUAAUAACACAAUAAAAAUAAUAAUAAUAAUAACAAUAAUAAUAUGUGUUCAGCGCGUAAAUCGUCUCCGUUUCAGUCGUCUAAUUCUAUCUAGAACGACAAUAUAAUAUGCGGUUUUCUUGCAUUAUGCGUAUAUAAUACACAUACAAAUGACGAAGAUCUAUACCGUCUUUCUCCCGUUAAUCUACAUAUUUAUACACAUACACAAUAAUAUUAUAAUAUAAGUAGAACGUUUGUCCGAAGGCUGUGUAGAUGUAACGAAACGAUAAUAUAAUAACAUCAUUAUAUUAUUAUUAUAAUAUAUAUUAUGCGUAUAAUAAUAUUCUUAUUACGCGUGUUUUAUAUGAUAUUAUGUUAUUGGACAAUAAAGUUUAAGUUUAUAUUGUGUA